AUGCAAAGGGAAAGUGGCGAGGACCUAAAUUGUUUUCGACGGGAGACAGACAGUGGACGUCCUCGUCGUUCGGAAGCUGGAUCUCCUUCAUCGCGCAGAGUGGACCUGGGAGAUGACUACGACCCUCAUCAAUUUCGUCAAGUAGCAAACCCCACCAAUGACCUUGAGACGCUGUUUCACGUACUGCGGCUGGGUCUGGGUACAGGUAUCCUGGCGAUGCCGCAAGCGUUUGCCAAGGCUGGCCUGAUCACCGGCGUUAUCUCAACAAUAUGUGUGGCGAUUUUGGUGACCCACUGUCUUCAGGUGCUAAUCGGAGCGCAGUAUGGUGCAUGCAAGGCAAAGCGCGUACCUUUAAUGUCGUAUCCUGAAGCGGCGCGCGUUACUUUUAAUCUUGGACCGAAAGCCUUGCGUCCACUCGGAGCACCCUCCGCCGUCGCCAUAGAUUUCUUUCUAAUAACUUACCAACUAGGUGUGUGUUGCGUCUAUAUCGUCUUCGUUGCUGAUAACGUUAAGAAGUUGUUAGAUCCGCAUUUCGUGGCCUCUGUGGAGAUGCACAUGCUGUUUCAAUUGCCCGUGCUCAUCGCGCUAAACAUGAUCCCAAAUCUGAAGGUGUUAGCGCCAUUUUCUGGCGCUGCUAAUCUCGCUACACUCACCAGCCUUAUUAUUGUGAUCUACUUUCUCCUGACUAUGGAGCGUUCAACCGAGCCUCUUGAUCUUUGGGGCUCACUAUCAACGUUUCCACUGUUCUUUGGCACCAUCGUGUUUGCGCUCACGGCUGUCGGUGUUGUGGUGGCGGUGGAAAAUAAUAUGAAAACGCCAAAAUCGUUUGGUCGGCCGUGCGGCGUGUUGCAUAUCGGCAUGGCGGUCGUCACCACGCUUUUCAUUGCGAUUGGCUAUAUUGGCUACAUAUUCUGUGUUUCCGAGUGCCGUGACGUAGUCACUUUAGAUCUUCCGCCUGGGGCAGCUACAACCGUUGCCAUUAUCCUUUACGUAUUCGCGAUAUUCAUUAGCUACGGAUUACACUGCUACGUGCCGGUGGACGUGUUGUGGAAUGAUUACUUAUUGCCCCGAAUGCAGGGAGCGAGCCAAGCGCGUUUGAAAUGCUGCGAAAUUUCGCUACGCGUUGGACUUGGCGUACUUACCUGUUAG